AUGGAACGCCGAUACAAUGUGAAGCGGUCUUGUAUUCGAUGUCACGAGCGCAAAGUCAAAUGCGAGUCCGACAGAGGCUCCGAGGCCCCAUGCAACAAAUGUCGUCGCCUUAAUGUUCCGUGCGAAUACCCCGGCCUGAAACGGGUGAAACGCCGAGCUCCGAAGACGACAACCUCCACUGAAUUAGUGGCGCGGCUGGAGCAACUUGAACGGUCUAUUACUUCCAUCACUGGGGAGUCAACUCAAUCACUUCCCCUGUCAACUAAUUACGCGCAAUCGGGUCGCUCCGCCAAUACUAGCCUUGAACCACAAUCUUCAAGGGAAUCUAGUGCGGUUGUGCAGAGUCGCCAAACCACGACUCAGCCUGGCUUCUUGGCGAAGAAUGGUACCUAUGUCGAUGAGCCGUUCUUAUCGCGGGUGUUGGAGAAAGAACAUGAACUACAGUCUGCGAUGGGAUCGCCUAAUAUAAACAAUAAUGCCGCGAGAAGGCCUCCGCCGAUGAAGGUGGAUGGCAUUAUCACCAACCCGCAACUUAUCCCGUUGGAUAUCAAGUCUCUGCUUCCGAAUAGAUGGCAGGCUACGAUGCUUUGGGAGACCUUUUUGAGUCGAGUUGAUCCAGUGGUCAAAGUUAUUCAUGUCCCAACGACUAAGCCUCGCAUAUUUGCUGCGAUCAAUAGGCCUGACUCUGUCUCGCUGGAUGUUCACUGUUUACUUUUUGCAAUCUUCUUCGGUGCUGCAACUGCCAUGGCUUCCGACAGCCCAGAUAAUGAUGGGAUCCGCUCGGACAUGAACCGGUACAGACAGGGGAUCGAAAUCGCUAUGUACCAGUCUUCAUUUCUUGAUUCUCCAACCGUGACCUCGUUACAAGGACUGGCAAUUUAUUUGACAUGUCUGCGCUACAGCAAUAGCGGCCGGUCCGGGCUAAUGUUACGCGGACUAGCGAUCCGAGCUGCACAAUCAAUCGGUCUCCACCGCGAUGGAAAGCACUUUAAAUUAUCACCCUUGGAGUGCGAGAUCCGCCGCCGCCUAUGGUGGAUACUGUCUACGACCGACGCCCGCAUGGCGGAGGAUCACGGGUUGACUGUAACAGAGCACGAAAGUGACGGCGAUUCGCAGUUACCUGCCAACAUCGACGAUCAAAGUCUCACCGAUACAUCCACAGAACCAGUCCAUUCACAACCCCGCUGGACGGAAAUGACAUUUGUCCUGAUAGUCUCCGAAUUCAACAAAGUUUGGCGCCCGAUGGCAAAGGCAAGAGUUCACUCCGAAGAAGGCACCCGUCCCGAGCAGUUAAUCGCCGAAUUUCGCAGCCGCCUACAUGAGAAAUACAUCCAGUACGGCGACAUGGACAUUCCGAUCCAGCGUUUGGGAGUUCUGCUCAGCCAGGUCUUAGCUUCCAAAGCAGAGGUCCAUCUCCAACAGAAGUUGCUUCAAACCGCAUCCCCAUCCUCAUCAGCAGUAGAUAUAGAAGCAGCCCAAGAACUCCUCGGAAUGGCCUGCAAUGCACUAAAUCUUGGUCUGAGGAUGUACCAAGACGAGCUCUUACGCGGCUUCCGCUGGUUAACGUCCACAUAUACUCAAUUCCACCUCUUAACCUACAUCUUGUGGCACCUGUGUAUGUUUCCGACAGGCCAAUUUGUGGAGGAAGCCUGGCGUGCAGUGACCACACAUUUCGAGCUCACGGAGCGGGACCCAUCAUGGCCUGAUCCAGGUCCUAAGUGGCCCAUGAUCGUGCAACUACGAGCAAAGGCAAUGCGGAUACGGAAUGCGAAUACGAGUGCGCAUAGAAAUACGAAUCUUUCUGUUGCGCAGAGCGAGCAACAGCAGCAGCAACGAACACAGUACGCUGCGGACUCUCUUUCUUCGGUAGAUGAAGCUGCGCUGAAUGGCAUUGAGGCGCCAGUUUUGGAUUUGAACAAUUUGGACUUUAAUUGGUCGGAGUUUCCGGAUUGGAAUUAUUUGGCGCAAGGUAUUGCUAUCAUGAAUCAGGAUGGGGGCAUUUAG